UACUAUGGCAGCAGGAGCGUGCGCAGUGAGGCCGGGUCAGAGUUGGGUGCAGCUCCACCAGAGGAGGAAGCGGAGUUUCCGGCUGUUUGCAGCGGAGGGAGAGGAUUGCUGACGCCGCGAAACCCCGAGAAAAACGCCGCCGGCUCGGGGGGCUAGCAGUAGUAGCAUCGGUAGUGGUGGUUUUGUUUCAUAGCGGGGGGUUUCUGGCUCUGGUACAUUUACGGGCCACAGGGGUCGGACAGCGAACGGAGCAAAGAAGCGGCAUAAGGCGGCGGUGAGCCACCAGCUACCGGCAUGGCCAGGGACUACGAUUACCUCUUCAAGCUGCUCAUCAUCGGUGACAGCGGAGUGGGGAAGAGCAGUCUCCUCCUGCGAUUUGCAGACAACACAUUUUCAGGUAGCUAUAUCACCACGAUCGGAGUGGACUUUAAGAUCCGGACAGUGGAAAUCAAUGGGGAGAAGGUGAAGCUACAGAUCUGGGAUACCGCAGGGCAGGAGCGCUUCCGCACCAUUACUUCCACAUACUACAGGGGAACGCACGGGGUCAUAGUGGUAUACGACGUCACGAGCGCCGAGUCCUUCGUUAACGUCAAACGAUGGUUACAUGAAAUCAACCAGAACUGUGAUGACGUGUGCCGAAUACUAGUGGGAAACAAGAACGACGACCCCAACUCCAAGGUGGUCGAGACGACUGACGCACAGAAGUUUGCCGAGCAGAUGGGCAUCAACCUGUUUGAGACGAGCGCAAAAGAGAACAUCAACGUCGAAGAGAUGUUCAACUGCAUCACAGAGCUAGUGCUAAAAGCCAAGAAGGAGGUGCUCGCCAAGCAACAGCAGCAGCAACAGAACGACGUGGUCAAACUCACCAGGAACAGUAAACGAAAGAAAAAGUGCUGCUAGCGAACUCAAAACAAAUGCCACCCGCGACAAGGCCAGCGGCGUCUUUUUCUUCAGAGAACACAACACACAUACACACACGAUGGGACUCCAAGCAUCUAAAUUAAAGAGCAGAUAAAGAUUUAAUAAAUAUACAAUGAAAGAAAAAAAAAUAAAUGGAAAAAAUGUCCCCUUUGGACAAACAAAUCAUGAAGACUUUAAAGAAAAAAAAGUGUACAGAUUUUAUUAGAAGUCAGAUCGAGUUUUAUUUGGAAUUCAGCAGACGGGCACUAUUGACCAGAGCUCCUCCUUUCUCGGAGGAUCAGCAACCUGACAACUGACCGCCAUAAUGCUCAGAUUUAUAUUUACACAUAUACAGAUAUUCUUGCAUCAGUAUCUCAUCUCUCCUUCUCAUUCCACUUCACACGGGACAUUAUGAGUCAAGUGAAGUUCUGCGGCUGAGGAGGAGUCACUUUUUUUGUUGCUGUUUUUCUUUUAUUUUAUUUCUCGGGUGGGCGGGGCGUUGGAGAUGCGGUUGUUGGAACAGGCGUCUAAAUGCCAAGGGAGGGUUCACAGCCUUUCUGAAUUUUCUUUUUGACGUUACAGACCCCUGUCUCACCACGGCCGAGAGAUCAUGGACUGCUAGUUUUUGUUUUAUUUGAAUUGAUGGGGGGAAAAAAAAUCACAUGGAUGAUGAUGAUGAUGAUGAUGAUGAUGAUGAUUGGUAGGCAACCUUUAGCAACUAAUCCAAUGGACAGAACUGGUGACUUCUCAACAUUUUUUUUUUUUUUUUUUUUUUUGGAUGUUUCUUGUCUAUAUUUUGCCAAGCUUCCCCCUCUCCCCUCUAACCUCCAGUAGUGCUGAGCCAACAACCUGUUAUGUUUUUGUUUUUCGUUUGUUUUUUAAGUGCUGCAGAGCAGUUGAACCACUCCCAAAGUGUCGGGACAUCCGGUUCUGACAGCACUGUUCACUGCAGUCUUACCAUGCUUUCAAAGUUUGCUUUUAAACUUUUUCCUCCAUCUUUUUCUUCUUCUUCUUUUUUUUUUUUUAAACUAUGAAAACUGCCAAUAUUAUAGAGAAAAAAACAAAACAAUUAGGAGCUCAGUGUUGGCCCUUAUUGGACUGUUUGCCAUAGUGGCCCCCUGUUGGCCAAGGGAGCGUGGCAGUAGGGUGAGUCAGGGUCUCACGGGACCCUGCGAGUCCUCAGGGAGAGCUCAGGGCUGCCCCCCCCCCCCCCCCCCCAACUCCUUUACCUUUCUCUCUGUUUCUCCCUCUCUCGCCCUCCCUCCCCGCCUCACCUCACCGCAGCCUUUAGCCUUCCCUCUCCCAGGCACCCAACACACACAUAUCAGCACCUCUCACAGCGAUGGACACACCUCCUGCAUUUGGUCACCCAAAGGGGCCGUUUUUUCCACGCGCACGUCCGGACUUCACCACCAGUGCGAGGCUCUUAACGUUUUUUUUUGUUUUUUUUUUUGUGCCUGGAAGACACGAGCUGGAGGCGGGCUCCUCGUGGCCCCGGCAGUCAGUGACCCUGUGGUUUUACCCCUGUUCUUGUCUGUUCAGCAUGUAACACUUUGUUUGAAGGGGUUAUGUAUAAGGUAAUGCCUGACAUGCAUUUAGUAGUCAAGGGUUUCUUUUCUCAAGCUUGCGGAAUAUUCUUAACUGUUGACUAAUGUUAAGUUCUGGUGUCAUGUUUUCUCUUUGCUUUUUAUUUCUUUUUCAUGAUUACCUGUCACAAUCCCGUUACCCGUUCAACUGAAGUGUUACCGUACAGUGUUUUUUUUUGUUUUUGUUUUUUUGUUUUUUGACUAGACAAGAGUGACCGGUCUAUUUUUGGAAAGGCAAACGGGGAUGAACUGCGGAAGUGGGAGCUUUAAAGACUUCAUGUGUCCCAGUCUGUGUGUACGGGCCUGAACCAGAGACAGAAAUCUGCUCUUUAUCACUGGCAUUUGUCUUUUUGUUUUAUUGGGAGAAUAAUUGAUGCAGACAGUUGUAGAUGAGAGGCUGUGUUUCUGGUCUGUUGCAAACAUCGGGACACUUUCAGGCUCCGACCGCCGGCUGGGAUCAUGACGGAGGCCGAGAGGUUGCUGUGUGUUUGUGUUUGAGCGGUGAGAAAAGCUCCAGGGCAGGCGGUGGAGAAAUGGUAUCAAAUCUCAGACUGUAUGAUUUCUAUUCAUUAUGUGUAUGUAUAUAUAAAUAUAUUUGUGUGUUUAUAUUCAAUAUAGAACAUACACACAUAAUUAGCACACGUAAGUGCGCAUGUGUUAACAUGCCCUGUGUGCUAUGGUUGAAACACACUUAUCAGCUGUGGUUUGCUGUACACUGGAGAAAAGAGAUGUACUAUUCAUUUUUCCCUACAUGAAUUUAAUCAAUAAUAAACGUUUUAAAAGAAUAAAUAUUUGACACAUAAUGACUGAUCUCAUUUGUCAAUGAUUUGAGACUUGGGCUUACUUCAGUUUGAACCUGUCUUUUUGCUUUCUGUGAAUAAAAACUAUGUGGGAGGAA